AUGGUGCUGCGGCCGCUCUGUGCUCGCUCCGUGCCGCCCGUGCCGCUGGAUCCCCUCUCCGCGGCGGUGCUGCCGCUCCGCCCGCCCUCCCCGGCGCCCGCGUGUCAGGAUGGCCCGGAGCGAGGAGGACGGCGGCAGCCGCUGCCCGGCCUGGUGCCCCGCUACUCCGUGCGGGAGGCCGUCACCUGGGGAGCUGUGGGCGCGCUGCUGCUGCAGCUGCUCCGGCAGAUCGCGGGGCUCCGCUCGCUGCAGGACGCCCGGACAGAGCGAAGGCUUCCCUGGCGCUCCCCGCUGCCCCCGCAGCCCGCAGUGGUGACUGAAGCCUCAAGCAGCAGUCCUGGCGAGCAGCUGGGCCCCCAGAUCCUGCAGAAAGCGAGUCCAGAGGCUGUGGCAGAGAAUUCAUCCUCAGGCAUCCCCUCGGGGCAAGCAGAGAGGCAGCCCUGGGCAGAAGCAGGGGAGUUCCAAAUCCCUGUGAGCUCCAGGGUGGGGCCAGUUCUCCACAGUGCAAAGGGUGACCCUGCUCAGCGAGGGCAUUUAGAGGAAGCCGCUUUCCAAUUGCAGCAGAUUUUCCGAAUUGAUAUUUCCAUUGCAUUGAAUAUCCUUGGCACGGAGAGCAUGAGGGCGGGGCACUGCCGGGUGGCCUUCACCUGCUUCAAGCUGGCGGCAGAUCGGGGCUACAGCAAAGCCCAGUUCAACGUGGGGCUGUGCUACGAGCACGGCAGGGGCACAGAGAAGGACUUGGAGAAGGCAGGCUUUUAUUACUGCCAGGCAGCCAGCAGCCAUCACCCCAUGGCCCAGUACCGCUACGCCAGGUACCUGCUGCAGCACGGCCCUGGCAGCCCCUGGCACAGGCAGCACAAGGCUGUGGCACUCCUGGAGCAAGCAGCAGGGGCUGGCAUCACAGAGGCACAGGCUUAUCUUGGAGUGUUCUACAUGAGGGGGCUGCAGCCUCAGGAGAAGAGAGGUCUGAAGUACCUGCUGCAGGCAGCAAACAGUGGGGAUGCCCAGAGCAGGUUCCACGUGGGCGUUUGCUACGAGCAGGGCCUGGGAGUGCAGCGGGACGUGGCGGAGGCGCUGGGGCACUACCGGCAGUCGGCGGCCAUGGGGAACAGGCAGGCCCGGGACAGGCUGCGGGCAUGGCAGCAGGAGCUGCAAGAUGUGCACACAGAGCAUCCAUUCCCUUCAGGAUUAAGAGCCUCCUCCUCCAGCCCUGAUUUCUGGACUGUUGAGCCUGUGUCUGCAGGCCUGCACAGCAGCCAGCCAGGACAGUGUGGCCUCACCCUGCCCCACUCCUGGAGCACAGGCACCCUGCAGGUGAUGCUGCUCAGCAGUGCAGGGUGGAGCUGUGCCUUCAGAGCCAGGACAGUGCCACUGGAGCUGCAGGGCUGGGAGCCCCAGCACUGCUGGCAGCGAGUGACACCAGCAGGCAGAGGGCAAGGCAGCCCUUGGUGUGGGCUGGAACCAGGCUGGCAGUGAAAGGAAAGAGAAAGCUCUCUGUUCAUGGAACAGGAGGCAUUUUUAAAUACCUGAGCUUUGAGAAUAAACCUUGUGAUAUCUCCUGCA